UUGCAUCCAUCUGUCACUUGUGGGCCCAUCUAUCAGAUUCUCACCCAGAGCCAACUCGGACCAAACACCACGCUGCGAGAGGAUAAGACACAAUCGAGCUGGACCGAGCCUGUCUCGACACUGGUCACCCAACUACUCGGAGGCCUACGUGUUUCAGGUGACAACAUGUCCCAGGCAGAGGUGACAGGAGUUUCCGGGGUCACGGCCACCAGCAGGGCCUGGACUCUGGCCACCAGCACGGCACGGAAGAGGGCUGGGGGAGCCACGUCCAGGGAGCUGAG